AUGAUGGCAUGCUGGAGCACACAACUGGGAAAGCAGCAGGAUGAGAAAAACCAACUCGUUGAUGUGAACGCAUGGUUGAAGCUUUCGUGGCACGAGACGAUGUACUCCUUUAAUGGAGAUCGAAGGGUACGCAGCGCGUGUGGCAGCGACUGGAUUCCAAGCAUAUUCCGAAUUUCAUGUCGAAUAGCCGUUGCCUGGUUUCCAUUUGAUGUACAGGAAUGUUUUCUUAAGUUCGGGUCAUGGACGUUUGACGGUUCGAAGCUUAAUCUGGACGUGGACGAAAAUGGCUUCGAUCUUUCCAGUUACAUUCAAAAUGGUGAAUGGGAGCUAACAGCACGUCUUGCUGUUUCAAAAAUUCACGUGAAUGCGUGUGCCCGAACCCUUAUCGAGUUGUUUUUAAUUUGUCUAUCCGCAGAUGAGUGCUUUUAUUACUGGAUAUGGUGA